AUGGAGAAUCAAUGUUUAAAAUGGUACGCUUUAAACGGUACAGAUCGAGAAAGUUAUCUUCAUCUCGUGGGGCUGAUCUCUUUUACCAUUGGGAUCGUUGAAGCAGUGGUCUUCCUCUUGCUAGCUCUCCUUUUACCUAUCGGUUGCUUGGUAAGCUUAUUUUGCAUUAUCUAUAUUAUUCAUCUGAAAUUCGUGUUUAAACCUUUAAUUGUAAGAUAUUCGACAUAAUCACAUCGAAACGACAUGUUCCACGCGCUCCUAUUAUGAUCGACCCUAAGGGGUUUACAAUCAACGAUCUGAUCAUGCUCAACGUGAAACAGAAAAAAUCUCCGACCACCACCCAGGUCCGAGAAUGUGGAAGUACCAACGUUCUGUCGAGUUCUGCUGUUCUUCUUCCACCGACUCCAACCAAGCCCAUGAAACGGCUGAUUGAUUUGCAAUUCGAAGCGGCCAAGGUCAAAGAAACUGAGGAUCCAGUGAAUGUUUUAUACAUCGAAGAGUACAAGGACAACUCUUAUCUGGCCUCAAACACGGAAGUCGAGUUGACCACAAAUAUGGAACAAGUUCGAGAAUCGACAGAGAAAGAGAGUAACAGUGCGAUGGGUAAUAAUACUCCCGCUUGA